GAAAAAGCGUGCUUUUGGAAAGCGUAGUAAUUAAUAGCCCCUCAUUCUCUGUGCAUGGCCACGAGGGAGAGAGUCAUCGACGGCUGUGCACUCUUAUCACGCGUUUGAUGAGAAAUCACGUCUGGAGCACGAAAUUGUUUGCUGUUGAAUGGGAUUUGCAAUUUGCGCCGGGGCCACCACCGCCCACGUUGCGAUCCUGUCUUGACGUCUUUUGGUUAGCUGUUUUACAUGUCUAUUUUGUGAUGUGCCGCAGCGCCAUGCAGGCCAUAAUGGCUGUACCGAUUUGUCGGGAAUAAGAAAGGAAAGGUUGCGACAGGGAGAGGGAGAGCAGAGAACAAGAAAAAAAGACAAGCCUGCAUAAUAUGCUUAUCCGCAUAGCUCUGGGAAGAAAUCAAACCCGUGCCAUGCGAGGCUGUCAGCCAUACUGGCGACAAAUACAACCUAAACAUAAACAAAACGUCCCUAACGGGUUGCGACACUCACACUCAUCAAGCAGACAGACAGACGGUCAUGGCUCGGCAAAGUCUGGUCCGUUUGACGGGUCAUUUUAGCACGUACUAUGUAGUAGCAGAGGGAUGCGCGGCACGGA